AUGGAACUCCAGCGUAACGAUUUCCACCAUCCUUAUUCGCCUUAUGACAUCCAACUGCAGUUGAUGCGGGCGCUAUACUCUUGUCUCGAACAAGGAAAAGUUGCUGUUUUCGAGUCACCUACUGGUAAGCGUAUUAGCUUCGUGCUAGCUUCAUUUGCAGCUAAUAUAGCCAAUCCCAGGAACUGCGAUGAUGACGAACCUGAAUGGAUGCUGGAUUUUGCCAGGCGUGAGUCGAGCCGGAUGAUAACCGAGAAGAGGAAGGAGCUUGAAGAGAGACUAGAAAAGACGAGAAAGGAAGAAGAGCAGCAGAGGAUUGCGCUAGAGAACCCCGAAGGACCCCGGAAAAAGCAGAAAUACAGUAUACCAUUAACUGAAUCUGGUGGGCUAAGUGAAGAUCAGUUUACGCUGGAUGACUACGACAGCGAAAAUGAAGAGCAUAGCAAACCGCGGGGUGAGCUGGCCCAUACUAGCGAACUAUCUCCUAGUACACUUGAAUUGUUGGAACGAUUUAAAGGACAGAUCUCGACCGCCAAGCCAGGAAGUGACGAUGAAGACAAUGACGAAGUCAAGAUAUUUUAUUGCUCCCGGACGCACUCCCAGUUAACCCAAUUUGCUGGUGAACUGAGACGCGUCAAAAUGCCAUGGAGCAUACCGAAGGACCUUUUGAGUACUGACUUGACAGGAGAAGAAGAACUCGAGGAGCGUGUGAAGCAUGUCACUCUUGGUUCUCGGAAGAACCUCUGCAUUAAUCCCCGUGUCAGUUCAUUGGAAAAUGCAACAGCCAUCAAUGAGCGUUGUUUAGAUCUACAGCAGCCCAAUGUGAAUCCUCAGCAUAGAUGUCCAUUUCUGCCUUCCAAAGAAGAUGAAAGACAGGUACUUCAAUUCCGAGACCAUGCAUUAUCAACAGUGAAAGACAUUGAGGACUUGGGAAAGCUUGGCAAGAAGAUUGGAAUAUGCCCCUAUUAUGCAUCUCGCUCUGUUGUUAAGGAUAGUGAGAUUGUGACACUGCCAUAUCCCUUGCUAUUGCAACGCUCAGCGAGAGAGGCUCUUAAUUUAUCUGUCAAGGGACAUGUCAUAAUAAUCGACGAAGCUCACAAUUUGAUGGACGCAAUAUCCAACAUACACUCGGUAACGGUGACGCUUUCACAAUUGCAGACAUCCCUUUCUCAAUUGACAAUCUACGGCCGCAAAUUCAAAACUCGCUUGAAGGGGAAAAACAGAAGCUAUGUUGCUCAAGUUAUCCGGCUCCUCAGUUCAAUCGCUGCUCAUCUUCGGUCGCUCCUUGAAAGCGAAAAGGCACCGGAGGGUCCUGUUCUGAUAUCUGAACUCAUGUCCGGAAAGGGGAUUGAUCAGAUCAAUCCUUAUAAACUGAGUCGAUAUUUACAAGAAAGCAAAUUAGCAAGGAAAGUUGAUGGAUAUGUCGAGUUCACUAGAGAUCCCUCGGACAAGCAGGCGUCAGGGAGUCCCACAGUUCCUGUAUUGUUCCACAUACAGGGGUUUCUACUGUCUUUGAUGAACCCCUCUGCCGAAGGGCGAUUGUUCUACUCAAAGGAACAGGGAGAUAUCCAAUUGAAGUACAUGCUUCUAGACCCUACUAAUCAAUUUCGGGAGCUUGUGGAGGAUGCAAGAGCCAUCAUAUUGGCUGGCGGGACUAUGUCACCCAUGACAGACUACAUGAACCAUCUCUUCUCGUACGUCCCAGCUAGUCGUCUAGACACGUUCAGCUACGGCCAUGUCAUACCACCUGAAAAUUUGAUCGCUCACACACUGGUGCGGGGUGUUCAAGGCUCAGAAUUCGACUUUACCUAUGAUGCCCGUGACUCUGAAAAAAUGAUCAUGGAUCUGGGGCGGACGAUAGCUACUCUCUGCCAUGUCAUCCCCGACGGCGUAGUAGCAUUCUUUCCCAGCUACGAUUACCUUGGCCGGGUCUUGAACAUCUGGAAGAAGCCAAUGCUGGGCGAGCAAGGUCAGACUGUGUAUAACUUGAUUGGGCAGAAGAAGCCCAUCCUGUCCGAGUCCCGGGACAUGACAGUCACUACUGAGGAGCUGCUCCAGACAUACGCGAAUACCGUUGAUUCUGGCAGGGGUGCGCUUCUCCUGUCCGUUGUGGGCGGCAAGCUGUCAGAGGGAAUCAAUUUCUCUGACAAACUCGGACGGGGUGUGUUGAUUGUGGGACUGCCCUUUCCGAAUAUACGGAGUGCAGUUUGGCAAGCCAAGAUACAGUAUAUUGAGCAAAAAACACACCAGCAGGCUACAGGCUCUGAGGCAAGCCGGCAAUUAGCAGCAAAAGCAGCAGGGAGGGACUUCUAUGAGAACUCCUGCAUGCGAGCAGUGAACCAGUGUAUUGGGCGAGCCAUUAGGCACCGUAACGACUAUGCGGCGAUUGUUCUCGUUGACAGGCGUUAUGAAAAACCCGGUAUCCAAGCGAAGCUACCGGCUUGGAUCAAACAGAGUAUGGUAGGCAGUUCGGUUCAACGACCUGCCGGUGCUACAGUUCAGAGUUUAGCAAAGUUUUUUGCCAGCUUGUGGCCUCAUCCGACCACCUUCCGCCCCGUCUACCAGAACAACAAGAAAACUGACUUUUGUGUCCUCUUCCUUAGCCGCGGUCAUGUCUCGGCCGGUUACGGUCGCAUUGGCAAGCACCGUAAGCACCCCGGUGGUCGUGGUAUGGCCGGUGGUCAGCACCACCACCGCACCAACCUCGACAAGUACCACCCCGGUUACUUCGGUAAGGUCGGUAUGAGGUACUUCCACAAGACCCAGCAGCAGUUCUGGAAGCCCACUAUCAACCUUGACAAGCUGUGGUCUCUCGUCCCCGCCGAGAAGCGUGACGCCUACCUGAGCGGCCAGAAGACCGACACCGCCCCCGUCAUCGACCUCCUCCCCCUCGGCUACUCCAAGGUUCUCGGCAAGGGCCGUCUCCCCGAGGUCCCCAUCGUCGUCCGCGCUCGCUACUUCAGCCGGGAUGCUGAGGAGAAGAUCAAGGCUGCCGGUGGUGUUGUUGAGCUCGUUGCUUAAGUGUGAAAAGUCUGGGAUUUCACUAGGAGGAUGAAAAACCGGGACAGGUGCUGCGCUGGCUACGAUUCGGUGUAAUAGAGAUUCGAAUUCUCCCCGGGGAAUGAGAAAACAAAAAAUGGGAGCCGCGGAUCGGGCACCUUGAUCCGUGUAUUUACAAAUUCAAAAGGGUUUCUAUUUGUGACGAGCAAAGAAUGGCCUCCGGAUGCCCUUACGAUCACGCUUCUAUUAUUGAACAAUACCAUAAAGGAGGACAACUUUUUUUUUUUUCUGUGGAUAUGUUCGCUCUUCCUCGAUCUAUGCUGCUACCGAGUAUGCCGGGCCAUGGCUUCUAUCUUUGAACAUGAAGGCAAGGCUCUUGAAAUCAGUUGUCUGAGGAUAAGCCAGCAGCGCCGGUACUGAGGAUGUAUAUCCCAGAUCUGAAAUGCCCAUUGAAGUUGCAGCAAAAUACAGAAUGCGUAGACCACUGGACUAUGACCUACCUCUCCGCCUUCAAAGUUCGGGAGUUGUGGCUUUAGUUUAUGCCCCUUGCUCGGUUAUUGUAAUGCACCAGUGGUAUCCGUAUGAUAAUGAUCAUAUAAUAUGGUGAGCAUAGUAGAGGACUAUGUUGCAUGAUGUAGGUAUGUGCAGGAACGGUUAUAUG